AUUAGUGCCACAGACCAGUAAAUAAAUAAUUAGUAAAUUCGACAUUCGAGUCUGUCGACUGCAAGCAGAGAGUACAUUGAAUAUACGGCAGGAAAUUUCAUAAGCUGUUAAUAGGUACCUUACCAUUUCAUCCUACUGUGAAACGUUGUGAUGACAACUGGUAUCCAAGAGAAUAAUCUGCCGAGUUUGUUGUGGUAUAGUCCGUUUUGAAAGGGAGCGUUAAGCUUUAGAUUUAAAUGAUGUAGAAAUCAUUAGCGACCCGCUUCGCACGAGUAUAUAUACAACAAUGAGUGAAGUUCUUGUUGCCUUUUUACAGCAGGCUACUAAUAAUUCAAAAAGACUUAUCCUAUGUGAAAAGCAGUUCUUGCAAUUAGCACGUUUAAACACACUCACAGUCUUCAGCUUUAUAUAACAGAGGAAAUAAACCAAAAUGUGAUGCAUAAUUGAGUUCAACUGGUUAAGAUAUGUUUAUCCACUGAUUGUCCAUCACAUGGCACAGAGAGAAGCUUCUUGUAGCUCUCAAGACUUACAAUCCAGGUGUAGGUUUAAACUUCUCCCUACUGAUAUGUUAAUAAAGAAAACAAAACUUAGGUAAAGGUAUCAGUUAUUACACAAGUAUGGUUAUAUACCUGGGUAAUAACUAAAAUUUUUACUGGUUUCCAUGUCCCAUGCAAGUAAUGCAUGUCCUAAAGUACCUACCCUAUGUUGAUAGACCUUAUAUGGAGCUUAGAAAUUAUUCUGUAUUUAGUCCUAGCCCUGAUCAGCCGUUGUAGAGAGAAGAAAAACAGGAGAAAUUACAGAAUAAAAAAUAUCCUAUGAUCCAAGCUAUCAUAGAAAAACUUUGCCAAGAUUGGUUGAGUUGCAUGGCCAUCCAUGGUUGAAGUGGAUAGAAGAACUCCAAUAAUAUCUAAAACAUAUGGUAUCAAAACUAAAAAAAUGAAAUUUAAAACAGUAGAGCAACAAGUGCUGUCUAUAGUAAGAACAGUUCUUGAAAGAUGUAAGAAAGAAAAAAGUAGUAAUUGCUUACAGGUACCCUUAGAAGAUGCCUACGAAAGAGUAUCUUUCUAUACAGCAUUGCCAAAAAUGUUUAUCUACCAUGUUAUAGAUGACAACCCAUAUGUAGAAGAUUGUUUUGAUGACAAUGAUCACAUUGUAAUAAUGGAAUGCAUUAAUAAAUUUAUACUUGGGGAAUUAAAUCUAAGCAUUAAAGAUUUGUACCAAGAAUUCUUGAAGUCUAGGCAGAGAAAUAAUGGAAUUAAUCUGGACUUACAAACCUUUGAAAGGAAAAUAUACAGCCUAGGAUAUACAUGUAAAAAAAAUUUAAAAGGUUCACCUUUUAUUCUUAUCGAAGACCCAAAAAUAAAAUUUCAGAGAUUUAAUUACUUGUUUAAAAUGAAGAAUUAUAGAGAGAACAACAAAACAAUUUAUUACAUUGAUGAGAAACAUAUUAUUCAUAAACCACCUUUUAAGAAUCCAGUUAAAGAUAAUUAUGAGGGAGGCAAAUCCAAACAGGAGGGUUUAAUUUUUUUCCAUUUAAUUUCAAAUAAUGGUUAUGAAAACGGUAUAUAUGUUUCUAUGGACAGCGAGGGAAGUCUUGAAGACAUUUUUAAAAAGUGGAUGAUGGACAUAGUCCUCUAUACCAUAAAACCUGGUAGUGUUAUUGUGAUGGCAAAUAAUUUUAUACAUGGGUUGGCUCCAAGGAAACGUAUAACAAGAUAUCAUUCAAAGAAGCGUAUGCUGGAAUGGUUGAGAGAAAAUAAUAUUCCAUGUGACUCUGAUAUGAAUAAACCCAGAAUCUAUGAAUUAAUUGAAAGAUGCACCACAAAUAAUAAAGACUAUGAUAUUGAUCGCAUUUUUAAACUACAUGGCCAUCAUGUAUUGCGUCUACCUGAAAAUUUUUCUUCGUUAACUCCUACAAAAAGUUUGUGGACUUUUAUUAACAGAAAUUUUAAAUUUUUUGACGCAAACAGCGAAUCUUUGAGAACGUCCCUGUUGAAUUACAUAAUGAAAAUUGAAAAAUCGGAUUGGUCACAUUGUUUUGACCAGACUUAUAUUAUGGAAAACCGUAUUUUAAAAAUAGAUUUACUAACAGAAGAUCUAUUGGAAAAACAAUGUGAAUUAGAUGAAAAAUGUUUUUAUGAGUCUGCAUCAAAUUUUAAUAUUGAUGACAUUUUGGAAUAAUUUAGGUACUUGAUGAACCUAUCUAUUUUGAAGAAAAACUUCACUUGGCAAGCUGACUUUUGUGCCUUGGAAUAACAUGAUUCUUAUUUUCCUAAAUUGCUUAACGAUAAAUAAGCAGACAUUGUGGAACAUUUAUUUUCACAAAUUAGCAGCCUCUCUGAAUGGGUCCAACUCCAGAAUGAUAUACACAAUGCAGAGGGUAAGGGAGACUGAUAAACUUAGCGACCAAAGGGGAUUGGAUUACAACCAUGGGACAUGACAUCAGGCAGGUGAGAAAAAAAAUCCAAAAUAAAACAAACGGUCAGUCUUCAAGCAUGAAGAACAAGGUGAAAGCAAGGAGAAGAUGAAUAGAAUAAUAAUAUAAUUAAUAGAAAAAAAAAAUAAGUUAACAAAAAAGUUAACCUUUUCUGACACACGUGAAACCUUUUAUCCAAUAGCUGCUGGCUAUCAAAGAUAUGGGCACCUAUCAACCUUUAACUGGCAGUCCAAGCAAAGAAAGAAGGCUCCAGUUAGAAAUCAAGUUCAUCUCAUUGAUAACUUAUGGAAUACUUUAGUUAAUAAUGCUGUAUUUUUUUUUUCAUUAAAGACUAGUGUGGUAAUAGUUCACGUAAUAAAAAGAUUUUAAACU